CUUAUAUGGACGGAUCGAACAAGAACAUGUCGUUGACCAACACAAAGACGGGCUUCUCUGUAAAGGACAUUUUGGACCUUCCGGACACGAAUGACGAAGAAGGAUCUAUCACCGGGGCGGAGGAGGACACGGAGAGCACGUCCACAACGAAAAGCACUGGAGUUUUGGUGAAAAGUCCACUGGAAACCGCGCAGAACUUGCCUUUAAAGAACCCGUUUUAUGACACCAGUGACAAUCCUUACACGCGAUGGCUUGCCACGACGGACAGUAUUCAAUAUUCAUUGUUCCUCCCCUUUCUCGCCGCCGCAGUGCACGGCCUCUCCGCCGGCUCGCAGGACUCGGCCAAGUCCCCGGAGCCGUCCGCGGACGACGAAUCGCCGGACAACGACAAGGAGACGUCCAGCAGCGGCGGCAGCGACUCGGGCAAGAAGCGCAAAAGACGCGUGCUCUUCUCCAAGGCGCAGACCUACGAGCUGGAGCGCCGCUUCCGGCAGCAGAGGUACCUGUCCGCCCCGGAGAGGGAGCACCUGGCCAGCCUCAUCCGCCUCACCCCCACCCAAGUGAAGAUCUGGUUCCAGAACCACCGGUAUAAGAUGAAGCGAGCCCGGGCCGAGAAAGGUAUGGAAGUGAGCCACCUUCCCUCCCCCCGGCGGGUGGCGGUGCCCGUCUUAGUCCGGGACGGGAAGCCGUGUCACACCCUUAAAGCCCAGGACUUGGCGGCCACUUUUCAGGCCGGGAUCCCGUUCUCGGCUUAUAGCGCGCAGUCGCUCCAACACAUGCAGUAUAAUGCGCAGUACAGCGCCGCCGCCACGCCGCACUUCCCCACGGCGCACCACUUGGUGCAAACGCAACAGUGGACUUGGUAAGGGGACGCGCUAUAGAGAGACUUUGGGAAGAUUCCACGCACCGCCACACGCAAAAGAGAGGCAACGCACACACACACACACAUCAACACACACACAAACAAAAGACUUCAUUUUUUUUUGCAGCAUAGUACCAUUUUUAUUCGGGGCUCAUAUGUGCGCACCGUGUUUACAUGUUUUCGUUAAGAGAACUGGCUCCCUUAAUCGUCCCUUAUAGAUUUUAUUGAGAAUGUCAAUGCUCUUCUUGUGAACAUUUUUUUUUCGUGUGUGUUAAGGUUGUAGAUACAUUUUCUUUACCCCCCCUCGUGUUAUUAUCAGCACGUGUACGAACCACUUUAUAAUUAUAGAAAUGUUCAUUUCUUGCUUCUUUUAUGGACCGACAAAUAUUUAUGGCCAUGAAUAAACACUGGCAACUUUUCAGAUAUUCCGAGCCUUUUUUUCCCCCCGCCCCAUGUACAUUUUUGGUGCAAAAAUUCAAGCAAGUAAAUAAAAAAUAAAAAAUAAUAUAACGAAUUCAAUCACACAAUAGACGGCGCUCGUGUAUUUAUUUGUUUAUUUACACAAACCCAUCUACAUUAAACAAUAUUAUGAAAGAACAGAGCAGUAUUUUCUGUUUAAACACAUUUAAUCCAGGGGAAUAUUUCCCCUAAAUCCAAACACCUCACUAAUAAAGCCUGAAGUCACUUGUGAAAUGGGACCAAAAUCCACUCACUUAGUAGAAGAGGGCUCCUCCACACAAGAAGCUUUUAUGUCCAAAGCUCUCCUUUUUGUCAGCAUCUGCAACUCCUCCGUGGCCCUGUGCGCAAAGUCGUUGCGGUGUCAAGUCGUUCACGUCGUCUAACCUGCAGAAAUGCAUUAGUAACAUUUUCCAAUAAACUUAAUAUAGAGUUGUAGAAAUGUUAUUCCCUCUGCCAAAUAUCACUCUCAAGGGAACAUACUGUGUGAAUUAUUUGGCUUCAGUCAAUAUAACCUUGUGGUUAAAAAAAAAAAAAAAAAAAAAAAAAAAAUCUAUAUGCAUUCUGUUUGGCCUGGUUAAAAAAAAAAAUCUCCGAGCAGAUGUUAGAGCCGCCUCUAUCAUCACUGAACAAACAGCUAAAUUGGACAGAUUUGCUAAUUAUUUACAAAACUGUGUCUCAGGGGAGCUACUGAUUUAUUAUUUUUUUUGCAGCAUUUGUUCCAACACGGGGUGAGCUUGUAAGGUCGAAUAAUUCAAUGUGAUGGAGGUAUUUCUCGUUUUAUAAGGUGUGAUAUUAUUUUAAAUCCAUAUACCAAUAAUUGCUUCAGUUUCAAAUAUGUUUUUAUUAAUUUACUUUACAUUUAAAUGCUGUGAAAUCUAAGGGUGCAGUGAUUUUUUUUAUUUUUGUUUGCAGUAAUUUGUAAGCGUAGUUAUUUUGAUGACGAUAUUUUACUGUGAAAUCCUGGUAACAUUUUUACAGUGCCGUUUAAAUAGAGGCAUCCCAGCAGGCACAAGACAUGGAAAUGUUUACCUCUAAAACGGACUUCUAACAACAUUGCAAAAAAAUUGUAUUUGAAAGUUUAAACAACAUUGCAAAAUAGUUGUAAAUUGAGACACCAUUGAUGUCUAAAGGAAAAUGACCAAAACGCAAUGGUCAAAUCAACAUUACAACCGGAAGUUAAAUAAAUGUUGUAAAAAGUCUGUUGUUUCAACGUUGUAUUUGUGUUGUAGAAUAUUGGUUGAGAUAUGUCCAAAAUUCAAAAGUCAAAUCAGCAUCAGAACCCGACGUUGAUUAAACGUCGUCAUACAGUUUUGUUCCAACGUUGCUGAACGUCAGGACCAUAAUUCAACAAGUUCUCAACGUUGUUUCAAUGCCUGCUGGAUUGGUCUGAUUACAUUUGAUUGACUCUAUUAUUGCGCAAUAUUGCUCGAGACACAUGGAUGUUGAAGGCGUGCGUGUUACCAGGCAGCGGCUGAAGGAUGCAGACAGUGGAGGGGAAAAAAAUGAGGAGAGAAAGAAAGUGUGUCAUAGUUUGUUGGUGCUGUUCAGAGUCAGGGAGAUGUAUGUUUGGGCUUUUUGUCCGCCUGUCACUCGGUGUCAUUGUGAUCUUUUACUACACACGUUGCAUCCCAUAUGGGCAGCUGCGGUGCAUUGGGGAAAGAAAAAAAAAAGAUCCUUAACAAAACCCAAAUUGUACCAAGCUUUCAAGUAAAGCAUUGUUGUCUAUGAAAGAAAAACGAAUUAAAAAUUCGCGCUAUAUCUAUUCUGGUCUCUCAAAAAGAAAGCUCUAUUCACAGAUAACAGGGAGUCCUUCUUCCUUAUAGAGCUAUGCCAACAAGAGCCCUCUCAUUUCUGCGGUGCCUCCGUCCUCCUGUUUGACAAAAGUCAAAGGCGGAUUAUUGUCUGCCCGGGGGGGGGGGGAAAGCGCGUAACGCAGUGCAAAAAAAUCUUUUUUUAAAAGCGGACUCUGCUCUUCUUGAAUUUUUUCCAAUUGUUUACAAAAAUACAACAUAGCUGUGUAUAUCUGUGCAGAGUGAAUAGCAUUUUCUACUGAAAACAACAACAAUAACAAAAAAACAAAAAAAA